AUGGAUCCAUCAUUGGCGCGCGCGCUGAGGGAGAAGAAGCCAGUCCCGGAGAUUGACUUCACAUUGCAUACCAUGGAAGAUGGCACUCAGGUUUCGACGCAAGAGCGAGUUAUCAAGGAAGUGCAGGCGCCGGCCUUGAAUACCCCGACAGAUGACAUGUUCUGGUCCCCUGAAGAUCCGUCCAAACCGAAUCUCCAGUUCCUCAAGCAGCACUUCUAUCGCGAAGGCCGUCUUACCGAAGAGCAGGCGCUAUGGAUUAUACAGGCUGGUACCCAGGUGCUGAAGGCGGAGCCCAAUUUACUCGAGAUGGAUGCGCCCAUCACCGUCUGUGGCGACGUUCAUGGUCAAUACUACGAUUUGAUGAAGCUCUUCGAAGUCGGUGGGGAUCCCUCUGAGACGCGGUAUCUCUUCUUGGGAGAUUAUGUCGACAGAGGCUAUUUCAGCAUUGAGUGCGUUCUCUACCUCUGGGCCUUGAAGAUCUGGUACCCGAACUCGCUUUGGCUGCUCCGUGGCAAUCACGAAUGUAGACAUCUCACGGACUACUUCACCUUCAAGCUCGAAUGCAAGCACAAAUAUAGCGAGCGCAUCUACGAAGCCUGCCUCGAGUCGUUCUGUGCACUGCCUCUGGCUGCGGUCAUGAACAAACAGUUCUUGUGUAUACACGGUGGUCUGAGCCCUGAGCUGCAUACCCUGGAAGACAUCAAAUCGAUCGACCGUUUCCGAGAGCCCCCCACCCACGGUCUCAUGUGUGAUAUUCUCUGGGCCGAUCCUCUGGAAGAAUUUGGACAAGAAAAGACUGGCGACUAUUUUAUUCACAACAGUGUCCGAGGCUGUUCUUACUUCUUUUCGUACCCCGCUGCUUGUGCAUUCCUUGAAAAGAACAACCUGCUAUCUAUCAUUCGAGCACACGAGGCGCAGGACGCUGGCUAUCGCAUGUACCGAAAGACCCGGACGACUGGCUUCCCUAGUGUGAUGACCAUCUUCAGUGCUCCCAACUACUUGGACGUCUACAACAACAAGGCUGCCGUCUUGAAGUAUGAGAACAACGUCAUGAAUAUCCGGCAAUUCAACUGCACACCCCAUCCCUACUGGCUGCCAAACUUCAUGGAUGUGUUCACAUGGUCUCUCCCCUUCGUCGGCGAGAAGAUCACUGAUAUGCUCAUCGCCAUUCUCAACACCUGCUCCAAGGAAGAACUCGAAGACGACACUCCGACGUCCGUAUCACCCUCAGCUCCUUCUCCGCCGCUUCCGAUGGAUGUGGAGAGCAGCGAGUUCAAGAGGCGGGCGAUCAAGAACAAGAUUCUCGCUAUUGGUCGGUUGUCGCGUGUCUUCCAGGUGUUGCGUGAGGAGUCCGAGAGAGUUACCGAACUCAAAACGGCUGCUGGUGGCCGUCUGCCAGCUGGCACUCUGAUGCUCGGCGCCGAGGGAAUCAAGCAGGCCAUCACCAACUUCGAGGAUGCUCGUAAGGUUGACUUGCAGAACGAGCGUCUUCCGCCCUCGCAGGAGGAGGUCAUCAGGAAGAGCGAGCAAGAGAGAAAGGCCGCGUUUGAGCGUGCCCAGCAAGAGGCAGAUAAUGAUGCCGGACUGGCUUCUGUGGCACGGAGGAUCAGCAUGUCGGCCGGUUCUGGCAAGAGUCGCCGGCAGCAACAGGAUCCCAACCGGGAGUCUCGGGAGGCCUGA